AUGGUAGACAAAGGGAAAGAUAUGUUGGAGAAUUUGGAUGACAUUGUUUUGGUAGAAUCUGAGUCUGAGAAUGUCGUGGAGAAAGUGAACUUAUUGGGUGAUGAAAUUGUAGCAAGAGAUGAUGUGCCUUUGCGAGUGCUUGAGGUUGGAAUGAAGUUCAAUGAUGAAAAUGAAUUGUUUGACUACUAUAAAAAAUUUGCGCACGUCGAAGGUUUUCCAGUUACGAAAAGAAAUUCCAAAAAGGACGACGAUGGUGUUGUGAGAUAUGUCACAUUGAUUUGUAGUCGUGAAGGUAGAGUUGGUUGUAAGGCGAGGUUGACUGCCUCUAUGGACAGUUGCGGAAUAUGGAGAAUAAACACAGUAAAUUUGGAGCAUAAUCAUAAAACAAGUCUAUCCAAGUCGAGACUAUAUCGAUGUAAUCGAGAGUUGAGUGCUCAUGUUAAACGGCGGCAACAAGUUAAUUAUAUGGCAGGAAUUCCAUUACAUAAAAGUUUCAACUCUACGAUAGUCGAAGCAGGUGGAUACGAAAAUAUGACGUGCAUGGAAAAGGAUUGUCGAAACUAUGUUGAGCAAGUUCGGCGUCUGAGACUUGGAGAAGGGGAUGCUGUAGCAAUACAAUCAUACUUUUCGAAAAUGCAAGCCAGUUGCGCCGAGUUUUACUUCAGUAUGGAUCUGGACGAAGAUUCAAGGCUGAAGAAUGUGUUUUGGGCAGAUAAUAGGAGUAGGCAGGCGUUUAAAGAGUUUGGUGAUAUCGUCACAUUCGAUACCACAUACCUCACCAAUAAGUAUGACAUGUCGUUUGCUCCUUUUGUUGGAAUUAAUCAUCACGGACAAUCUACUCUGCUUGGAUGUGGCUGGUCUCAAAUGAGGAUAAAGAUAAUUGCAAUUGUGUUCCCCGAUACGAAACAUAGAUGGUGUUUGUGGCAUAUAUUGAAAAAGUUACCGGAGAAGUUUGGAUAUCACGUGGCCAAGGGUUCAAUAUUUCAUGCUAUACACGAUGCCGAUGGGUUCCGUGUUAUUUCAAAACCAGCUUCUGGGCAGGAAUGUCCACAACUUAACGCAGUGAGAGUAUGA